UAAGCAGCUGAUUUUCUGUGUACACUUAUGGCUGUCAUAAUAAGAUAAAUUGCUUAAAAACUUGUCUUUAGCUUAGACAAUAUGACACCAACAUUGUUUACAAUCGACGAUUUACCUGAUGAAAUUUUAGAAUUUAUUCUAUCAUAUCUCCCGCCUUAUAAAGAUUUAGAAGAAUGUAUGAGUGUGAAUAAACGAUGGUAUCGUAGUGUACAAAAUGUAAUGCGAACAACUAAGAAUAAUUUAAAUCGUGCCAUAUCUGAUUUUAAUAUACAAUGGAACAGUUUGCGUCCAGUCGAAAUGGCACCAACAAUAACAAAACGUUACUGCCACUCAGCUUGCGUUCAUGGUAAUUCAAUGUACGUAUUUGGAGGUUGUACGUCAUCAUCCACUACAUUUAAUGAUCUCUGGCGAUUAGAUUUAUCAAAACGACAAUGGGUUCGACCACUCACAAUGGGCACAUAUCCGUCCCCUAAGGCAUGUGCAACUCUAGCCUGUUACAAAGAUUCACUGAUACUAUUCGGGGGUUGGACUCAUCCAUCUCCAUAUCCUUUACAUCAAGCAUGGCGCCUAUUUAACGAAUUACAUGUUUACAAUAUUACAUCAAAUCGAUGGACUUGUAUAAAUAGUCCAAAUCAUCCACCCCCAAUUGCUGGCCAUUCAGUAACAAUACAUGGUAAUCUGAUGAUCUUGUUUGGUGGAUUGCAAAGAACAACAAUACCUGGACAAUAUUCAACAUCAAAUGAUUUAUGGUGUUUGAAUUUAGAAACAUUUACGUGGUAUAAACAGACAACAUCGAAUUUAAAACCGGUGCCACGAUAUGGCCAUUCUCAAAUCAUUUUAGAUGAAAAACAUAUUCUAAUUAUUGGUGGCUGCGGAGGUCCUAAUAGUAUGUAUCACGAUGUGUGGAUAUUGGAAAUAAACGAUCAUAUUUGGAAUUGGAGUAAAUUACCUGUUCGGAACAAAGAAUGGGCUCCAACACAACUUUGGUGUAAUCCGGCCUGCCAGAUUGGUAACAAAAUAGUGGUUUUAAGUCGAAGUGCCGAAUCGGUAGGGUGUACACCAUCCUAUUCAGCAAAAUGGAAUGUUCCUGCUCAAUUGAGACCAAAUGUUUGGGUUCCGCCUCCUCCUCAAGAUAUGCCUGAUAUACCUGUAAGACGUAAUGAGCCAGUAAUCCCGGAUCGAGAUGAAAAUGUGAAUGGUCGUCGUGGAAGAUUUAAUAAUCGAGAUAAUGUACCCAGUUCGAGUAGUGAUGAAGAUAUGGAACCUAUUGCUGGACCUUCAGGGCUUAAUAGAAGUGCUAAACCAGAAUUGCAAAGAGAACCUUUAUCACCUCCACAAAAACUAAAAAUUCCCAGAACCUAUGAUUCACCAUUAAAUUUAGCAGCAUUUCUACCAACAGUUGAACGUAGAAAUCGUGAAAGACAAUUAGCAUUAUUACGUAAAAUGGAAAAACGUUUAGCAUUAUUACGUAAAAUGGAAGAAAAUCCAGAACAAGAAAAAAAAGACAAAUCAGAUACUCAAAAUGAUCAACCUUCUAAACCAAAAAAACAACGAAAACAUGUAUUGGGAAUGUAUGUUUUAGAUAUUUCACAAGCACUUGCCGAUGAUCCUUAUGCUACUUGGUUACCAUGGAAAAGUACUGAAUUAUCAUCGUAUGGUCCUGAAGAAACUAUUCUAUAUACAUUAGUCCCCGGUAAAGGGGAAUUAAUAAUGUUUGGUGGCAUUCAAAAAGAUGGCAAUGUUUUAAAUUGCUUAAAUUGUUUGUCAAAUUGUAUUUCGAAUGUUUCAAAUCAAGUUUCAAAUUCGUUACACUUUAUUACAGCGCCACGAAUGCAAAUUUAAUAAAAAGAAGAAAAAAAACAAUAUUUUUCAUUAAUUUAAUAAAUAAAAUACAUUCUAGAUUUAACUAGAUAACUAAUCUAGUGUGUGAAUCAAUGAUUUUGUACACGUUUUUUGGAAAAGUGUAUUUUUUUACAUGGUGGAGUUUUAGUUUAAAACAUAAUUUGUUCUAGUCUAAAGUCCAUUUUCAAGUAUUU